AUGAAUGCUGUUGCUACUUCUAGAAAGGGCAAUAAGCAAAAGAAAAGAGAGAAAAAAAUAAAUGCUGGAAAAGAGUGCUAUACAAAGAAAAAUAACAAAAAAGUUCUAACCAACCAGCCUCUUGAAAAUAAACCUAUCUCCAGACAGUUCCUCAGAUGCCCUGCCGGAUAUCUCAGAAAUUGGCAGUCUGCAUCGUCUGGAAAAGAUUCCAGCUCUACAGUAAAUUAUGGAAAAGACCAAUUCUCGGCCAACCCAGAUGUCCAACUAUUUAAACCUGAAGAAAUAUCUGGGAAAGUAACAGGAGAUCGGGAGGUUACCAUUGAAGAAAAAUACGAAGAAAAAGAGGACGAGCAUGGGCAUAUUUACAUACACUUCAUCAGAAGAUACGUUAUGCCUAAAAAUUACGAUAUGGGUAAAAUCGAGUAG